AUGCAGCGCUGCUGCCACGAGCAAAGCAAGGAGCACUACCUGCCUAGCCAGCCGCCGCAGCAGCAGCAUCAGCUGCUGCUGCGGCAGCAGCAGUGGCUGCAGCAGCAGCAGGAAAAUAUCCACCACCAUCAGCAGCAGCAGCAGCAGCAGCAGAAAAAUCGGAUGCAGCUGAUGCAGCGGCAGCAGACAAGGCUCGAAGUGCAGCAGCAAAAAUAUCUGCAGCAGCAGCACUGGCAGCACCAGCAGCAGCAGCAGGAGGAACAGCAGCAGCAGCAGACCUGGCAAGAGCAGCAACAUAUUAAGCAGCAGCUGCUGCUGCAGCAGCAGCUGCAGCAGCAGCAGCAGCAGCAGCAAGAAGCACCAAUCCUUGAGGGUUUAGUACUUAAGAGGGGAAACUCUUGGCCUUCAUAUUUUCUUGCUGUUAUAGAGAAUGCUGCUGCUCUCUAUUGCUGCUGCUGCAGCAGCAGCAGCAGCAGCAGCAACAGCUACAGCAACAGCAGCAGCAGCAGCAGCAAAAGAGGAAACUGCAGAUGCGCUGAUCUGGCGUUGCUGCUGCGGGCGGAGGAGGAAGAGCAGCAGCAGCAACUGCAGCAACUGCAGCAGCAGCAGCAGCAGCAAAAGCUGCUAGCAGGAAAAACGGGUACUGGUUGCCGCUGCACACUACGACCAGCAGCAACAGCAGCAACAGCAGCAACAGCAGCAGCAGCAGCAGCAGACACAGCAGGGCAUUACCAGCGUUCUUUAUUAGGGGGUCUCUUCUCAAGAUGGCGAGGCAGCAAAGAGGAACAGGAGCAGCAGCAGCAGCAGCAGCAGCAGCAGCAACUGUUGCUGCUGCAGCAGCAGCAGCAGCAGGGUGGUGGAUGUGACAUGGGCUGCUCAUGGAUGUAUAGACCUCCUGGUGCUGCUGCUGCUGCUGCAGCAGCAGCAGCAGCAGCAAGACCCCUUGAGAGGAGGAGACCAUUUCCUUUAUCUAAGGCAUUAGUAGAGCCACAGGAGAGCAGCAGCGGGCAGCAAACUCCCGCAGCAGCAGCAGCAGCAACAGCAGCAGCAGCAGCAGCAGCAGCAGCAGCAGAUGCAGCAGCAGUAGCAGCAGCAUUAGUUCGUGUAUUUGCUGCUGCUGCUAGCAGCAAAUAUUUAUUUGCCUUUAGUAAUAAAGAAGAACAAAUUAUGUGGGGUGCAGCACUGCAUGCAGCAAGACAUGCAUCUCCUGCUGCUGCUGCUGCUGCUGCUGCUGCUACUGCUGGUGCUGUUGAUGAUGGCGAACAGCCAGCACCACUAGCAGCAGCAGCAGCAACAGCAGCAGCAGCAGCAGCAGCAGAUAUUGACAGCAAAGGGAGGAGACAGAGGAGGAGACCGAGCUGCAGUUUUAGUCUAAGACCUCAUCUAAGUACUCCUCCUUUCCUUCCUUGUACUGAUGCUGCUGCUGCUGCUGCUGCUGCUGCUGCACCUGCUGCUGCUGGUGCUGGUGCUGCUGGUGCACCUGCUGCUGUUGGGGGUAGUGGUGGUUGUUGUGGUGGUGGUGCACCUGCUGCUGCUGCUGCUGCUCUUGCUGCACCUGCUGCAACUUUGCUGAGGAUCGGUCUUCCGCCCCACGCAACAGCAGCAGCAACAGCAGCAACAGCAGCAACAACAGCAGCAGCAGCAACAACAGCAGCACAUUGCUGCUGCAGCAGCACACGCUGCAGCGCAUCUGCGUGCGGGACUUCUGUUGUUACCUCAGAGGGGACUGUCCCUUCGUGGGCAUCCUCUGCUGCUGCUGCUCCUACUGCUGCACCUCCUGCAGCAGCACCUGCUGCACCUGCUGCUGUUGUGCCUACAACGCAGCAAUUGCCGUACCAACAAUACGUCCAACGGCAGCAGCAAGUGCAGCGCCAACUGCAGCAGCAGCAGCAGCAGCCGCUGCUGCUGUCGGACCUUUCGGGUGGACCCUUGCCGCCUCUCCAGUCUGGUGAGCAUAUAGGGCAGCAGCUGCUGCUGCUGCUGCAGCAGCAACAACAACAACAGCAGCAACAACAACAACAGCAGCAGGAACAACAAGAACACCAGCAGCAACACCAGCAGCAAAAACAACAGCACCAGCAAGAGCAGCAGGAACCCAGCUGCUUAGAUGCUCUCCUGUUCCUGUUGGAGCGUCAGCAGCAGCACUUGCAGCAGCAGCAGCAGCAGCACCUGCAGCAGCAGCAACAGCAGCAACAGCAGCAGCAGCAGCAGCAGCAGAAGGUGCUGCUGGAGCCCGAGAGGAUUCAAGUAAUUGGGGGUGCCAUUAAGGCCGUUAAGGAUGCCAUGCACCGUGAGCAGCAGCAACUGCAGCUGCAGCAACAGCAACAGCAGCAGCAGCAGCAGCAGCAGCAGCAGCAGCAGCCAUGCGGGAUAUCGCCUCUUGCUGCUGAUAGACAUCUGCUGCAGGCUUUAGUAAAGGCACAAAAGGUGCUGCUGGCUGAGGAGGAAUCUGCUGCUGCUGCUGCUGCACCUGCUGCUGCAGCACCUGCUGCUUCAGCAGCAGCUGCUGCAGCACCUGCUGCUUCAGCACCUGCUGCUGCAGCACCUGCUACUGCAGCACCUGCAGCAGGACCAGCAGCUGUUGCUCCGGUAGUCCCUAGGCUUGCUGUUGCAGCACCUGUAGUUCCGCCCAUUCCUGCAGCAGCAGCAGCGGAUUCUGCUGCUGCUGCUGCUGCUGCUGCUGCAUGCGCCUUCGAUCCGUCAGCAUUUGCAGUAGGAACACCACGUGGUUGUGCUGCUGCUGCUGUUGCUGCUGCUGCAAUGGCAGCAGCAGCAGCAGUUGAACGUGUACAGACACCUCGAGGCCAGCUGCCACUGCAGCCGGAUGCUGCUGGAGCAGCUGCAGCAGCAGCAGCAGCAGCAGCAGGGACUGCAGCAGUGGCAGCAGAUCCCACAAGCGUAACGGAUGCAGCAGCAGCAGCAGCAGCAGCAGCAAGUGCUGCAACGGUUGCGAGUGCAGCAGUGUCUAAUACGGCAUCAGUUGCUGCUGCUGCGAUGACAGCAGCUGCAGCAGCCGCUGCAGCAACAGCAGCAGCCACUGCUGCAGUAACAGCGACGAGUCCUUCGGCUUUAGCAGCAGCAGCAGCUGCUGCUGCUGCAGCAAACCCCACAGCAGCAGCAGCAAGCAUAAGACAAAGGAGCGAUGCACAGGAAUCUAUGUGCGGUAGUCUUUCUUUCCCUAGCACAGGGAGAAGCAGCAGCAGCAACUGCAGCAGCAGCAGCAGCAGCAGCAGCAACUGGAACGGCAGCAGCAGCAGGAACAGCUUAGGCUCGCGAUUGUCUUCUAAUGCAGAAGGAGGAGAAGCAAUCGGAAACCUUACGGCAGCAGCAGCAGCAGCAACAGCAGCAACAACAGCAGCAGCAAAGACCCACAUAUCUCCAGCUGCAGCAGGAACAGGCGUAGCGCUGCAGCAGCAGGCGGAGCAGCAGCAGCAGAAGCAGGAAGAGGAGGAGCAGCAGCAUGUGCAACCGCAGCAAGUACAACCGCAGCAGGAGCAACAAGCACAGCAGCAGCUGCAACGGGAACAGCAGGAGCCUCUGCAGCAGGAUCAGCUGCAGCAGCAGGAUAAGCUGCAGCAGCAGGAUCAGCAGCAGCAGCAGGAUACGCAGCAGCAUGAUGAGCAGCUUGAGCAGAAGAAGCAGCAUGGUCAGGAGGAGCAGUCGCAGCCGCAGCAGGAUAAGCAACAGGAACAGUACAAGGACCACCAGCAGCAGCAGCAGAAGGAUAAGCAGCAGCAGCAGCAGCAGCAGCAGCAAGAAGAGACGGAGUUGCUGCAUUCAUUAGUAUUAGAGUUAUUAGAUCGUCUGCAUGUGCAGCAGCAGAGACACCCAGAGGAGACAGAAGAUGCAGCAGCAGUUGCUCAGCUAAGGGAAGGAUUUGCUGCUGCUCUGCUGCCGGAGCAGCAGCAGCAGCAGCAGCAGCAACAGCAGCAACAACAACAGCAGGAGGAUGGUCAGCAGCAGCAGCAGCAACAGCUGCUGCUGCAGCACCGAGAACUGCUGCAAGACGAAUGGUGGUUAGGAUGCAGACAGCGGGAGAGACAGCAAGGGACAGGACACUUUGCAGCAGCAGCAGCAGCAGCAGCAGCAAGAAGAAGAAGAGCUCCUUAUCAGCUGCUGCAGCUGCUGCCUCCUGAUGCUGCUGUCUUCUCCCUAAGCACUCCUUCCUGUGCAAGUCCUCAAGGGGGCAGCGAGGCAGGAGACGACUAA